GUAUAAAUGUUGCGCAUCAACGUAUUCAAGUAGAUUUAUAUUGUUUCGCUUCAAUGGAAAGGAGUAUCGAUUGAGGGGAUAUGUUAGAAGUAAUACCUGGCUAUGAACCCUUGUGUCGCUGUUACUCAAUCUUCUUCGUGCGCACCUUCUAAGGAAGAUAUCUAGGAAGUCGCAACAAGCUACCUUAUCCUUCCUCGUAGAAGUAAUGGAAUAUACAUUAAAUCAAAUUGAUCAACCGAAAGUGGGAACCGUCCUUACAACCAAGACGUUCUCUCACCUAAAUACCAUUCCAUCACCCCCGUUCAUAUUCUUCACGACUAUCAAAACAAUCCCUAGACACAUAAAACCUAUACAAAAUACUUAAUGCAAAAUCCCCUUGUGGGACAAUGACCAAAUCGCCCAUCUCUGGGCCGAAUUCACUCCUUCUAGAAGAACCCACUGUAGGAGACACUUCUCUCUUUCCGUUUGGCCUAGAAGGACACAAUAUGUGCGAAACGAAGAAGACCGAUACGAAAUCCAAAGCUGCCGACACUUGCAGCUGGCAAGGUGAUAGUCCAGAAUCCGAAUUGGACGACCUUGCACACGACCAUAAUCGUCAGCCUGCUGAGACCUGUAGCUGGCAUGGUGAUUCUCCCGAGCCCGAGAUAGACGACCUUGCGCAUGACUCAAGACCUCGAGCUACUUCGCAUACAGAACCAAAGGUGGUGGUCAUCGUACCAGUACCUUCAGACACCCCCAUUGAGACUGAGAAGCCGAAGAAACCAGAGGACCGCAAGAAGACUUCAAAGACACCACCGAAGGAAAAGCCUCGCCAUUCUCCUCCUGCUAGCGCUGAGCCUUCCUGUCAGCACGUCCAAGAGAAACCACCGACAGAUAAGGAUAAGAACGCCAAUGAAACUUUGCAAGAAGACGUUUCUAGCGGAGUCCAUAAGGCGUUCGAUCUCAUUCGAAGCGCUAUCAGCCCUCAGUCCGCUUCUAAUGAACCAGACGAAGUAGGACCAAAGGAAGAUGGGAAGCCGUCCGGUAAAGAGAACCAUGUUCCCCUAGAACCUCCUGAAAUUUUAGCCGUCCUUACCAUAAGUGAACCUCAGAUACCCAAGGGUAAAAAGUCCAAAGAAGAAAAAGAGAAGGCCAAGAAAGAGAAGGGAGAGGCCAAGAAGGCUGAGAAGGAGCGGAAAGCCAAAGAAAAGGAGGAAAAGAAAAGACUCAAAAAGGAGAAGGAAAUCGAGCGGAAGGAAAAGCGCCGUGCCGACAAAGGCAAGAAGGAAGUCAAAGUGGAAGAGGUUGAACACCAUCCUCAUCACCAUCCUCAUCCUCCUCUCGGAUCAGAACCCCCGGCUGAUGUGGAAAGUUUCACUGUUACCGAGACUCUCCACCAUCCUGGAUGUCACAUCUGCGAACAUCCACAAGAGCAGGGGACGAUAAACUUCUUGAAAGAAUCAUUGGACAGUUGGCAAGGCUGGCCUUCAUUCUACGACUUAACUGUAGCCGCGAAGAAAUUGCUUGGCACGGGAAGUCCAGACGAACCCCACAAUACACACCAGUCCGACAAGACUCCUACUCUAGGCGAACAAGAUCUGAUCGAGCAUAUUGCGGCACACAUUGAUAGGCAUAUACACGAGCACUUUGAUAUCCAACCACACGAGGGUGGGACCCAUGUAGCCAGCAAGGCUCUCCAUCCAGCCCACCAGCAUAAUGGUGAGCAAGAGGGUCGCGAAGAUGGUAAUCCCGCGAAUCAUGGCUUAGAUGGCAAUAAAGACGCGCCCAUGACUAUUAUUCCGGGUCAUAUCCUCCGCAGCUUAGAACCGGCUUCCGCCCCUGAAAUCGGUACCUGCCAGUCUCCUUCUCGAGACUGUUCACCUUAUCGCGGCCCGACGAGUCGUUGCGUUUCCCCAUGGUGUGAGCAGCUCGGUUUCAAAAUGGCUGAUUCGCCAAAGCGUAACCCAGCGUGGAUGCGAAGAGGGUAAGUGAUCGAUCUGUUUGCCAUGACUUAGCCCUGUAUCGUUACAUAUGUAGUGUCGACGAUACGUACUAAUUUGUUUGCCGUUAGAUUCAAUUCAAGUCCGAGUCGGAUGAGAGGUUUUGUCACUACCCCUUACCUCCGCGGGCCCCUUUGCUUGCACAGAUGCUUUCACGAACAUCCCUUGUACACCUGCGUUCCCGUGUCGUUGGUACCGGCUUUAUGUCUUGAAUCAACUUGCUGUGGACACCAUAGCUGUCAAUAUGCGGAGCCUCCUAUGAGCCCUGUAUCGCUUCCACAUACUCCUUACCCCUCGUAUAACUUCGAACCUCUUGGGGUGGUUGAAACAAUACCUCCCAGUACCCCUCGUAGAAGCUUU